AUGCUCUCACGUGUUGCUGCAGUCAUGGCACCCCGCACACACAACCGUCGCCGCGUGGCCGGAUCCAGCGGAAGGAGGAGGAGAGGAAGAGAGAGGGAGCAGCAGAGGCCCCACAUGUCCCGGCAUCUCUUCCAUUCUGCGGUGCUGCUUCUCCUCGUCGUGUUAUGCGGCAGUGGCGUUGCACACGCUGUGCAGCCGAAGACUGACGUUGAUCCUUUUACAGGAAUUGGAUGGACAUCCCCUCAAUGGGAAGGCUCUACAGAAGGUAAUGAAAAAUUCUUCUCGCUCCGCGUUCCCAGCCUUGUUGAGGUGAACAGUGCUGUGUUCGUGGUUGCUGAAGCGCAGUGCAAGGAAGACGACAAAGGCUGCAGCCGUGCUGGGAUUGCGUCAAGACGCCUCAAUCUAACUGAUGAUAAGCCAACGGAGAUAUUGACGACGAACACAAGUUUGUUGAUGCCGUUUCCAAAGGGUGCUGCUACAGGUACCGCCAAGGCAAAAGAAUCUAUGCGGCCAACGACAGUUGUGGCUGGCGACAGUGUCUACAUGCUUCUGAGAAAUCAGAGCUUUACGACGUCGGUGGGUAAAUCGGCUACUGCACGUGACUGGGGACUUUUGCUGGUAAAGGGAAGUGUCAGUGGUGGCAAUGGAAUCACGUGGAAUGAGACCCAUGCGGUGACGUUUGGAAACGAUGAAUAUGCUGCUGAAUUCCUGACCCAGUUGGUUUCUGGUGGAGGAUCGGGGAUUAAGACAAAGGACGGUACACUUAUGUUUCCCAUGCAGGCCACAAAGAACGAAAACACUUCAUUGCUGUCCAUGCGCUUUGAUAAGUCAGAGAAGAAAUGGAAGCUUUCGCACCAAACGGAUGUUGAUGGCUGCAGGGACCCGACCAUCGUGGAGUGGGGAGAAGAAGACAGACUCCUCAUGAUGGCCUCUUGUGA